GCCUCAUCCACCGAUCAAGGGGCUCCCACUCGAGUAUAGGUAACCCUAUGAACCUCGGUAAUGACGAUUGAUAGAGGCCUUGAAUAGGGACUUCACUGAUAACAGCUCACCCCCCCUUCUCUGCACCUCCGUUCACGCAGCAGGGCCUCCAUACUCCUAUUCCUACAGCUCCUCUUCCACCAAAAGCACAAUGACCCAAGGCGCCCGAAAGUAUACCGACCAGCUGCGCAACACGCGCGUGCUGGUCAUCGGCGGCACGUCCGGGAUCGGCUUCGCCGUCGCCGAAGCAGCGGUUGAGCACGACGCCAUCGUCACCAUCGCGGGUUCCAAGCAGGCCAAGCUCGACCAGGCCCUGACCCGUCUACAAGAAUCGAGCCCGCACUCCGCCGCAGACCGGAUCCAGGGGAUGCAAUGCGACCUGGGCGAUCCGGAGACGGUCGAAGCCAACGUGCAGCGACUGCUGGCGCUGGCCGCCGGCGACGGCAAGAUCAACCACGUCGUGAUCACGGCGGCGGACAUGACACAGCCGCCAGCGCUGGAGGGGCUGACGGUGGCCGACGUCCAGCGGCCGGGGGUGAUCCGGCUGGUGGCGCCGCUGAUGGUGGCCAAGCACCUCCCGGCGUACAUGGAGCAGGACGCGGGGAACUCGCUGACGCUGACCAGCGGCGCCCACUGUCUCAAGCCGGAUCCCGGAUGGACGGUCAUCUCGGGAUACUGCGGCGCGGUGGAGGCGAUGGCGCGCGGGCUGGCGGUGGACUUGAAGCCGUUGCGCGUCAAUGUCGUGGCCCCCGGGGCGGUGCUCACCGAGGCGGUCCGUGAUAUCCUGGGCGGCGCCACGGAUCUCGCGGUCAAGAUGGCCAAGGAGAAGUCCACGGUCGCCCAGGUCGGGACCCCGGAGAGCGUGGCCCAGGCGUAUCUGUAUUUGAUGAAGGACCGGUAUAACUCGGGGUCGACGCUGGCUACGAACGGGGGGAUGCUACUGCUUUGAGCGGAGGGUGGACUUUCACAAUAGUGGCUGGACUAUGGCCUUCUUGCGAGGGAGAGUGAGAUUAGGCUGGAUGCAAUUGUACCUCAAAGGUGAUAUAUCGUCUGAUCGUGGUAGCUACAUUGUUGUCUCGAUGUACCGCAGUUAACUGUUGUUGACUACAAAUUUAUGGUCAAAACUUCUUGUUCCUCCCGAUCCUGAGCCCGACAGCCUGUAUUCUCAAUUCCAGCAUCGGAACGUUCUUUAGUGUAUCUCGAGCUUUCAGCAAUGACCCGCCAUGUCCAAG